AUGGCGGCUAAUAAGGACGAUAAUAAUAAAAAUAAUAAUUUAAAACUGAAUUUGGAAAGAGUAGAAAAAAUCGAACAUGAUGCUAUAGAAUCAUAUCCGUAUUUGGCUAGUGAUGAAAAGGGCUCUACGCUAAAAAAUGCUCAAAAUCUAGAUGAAAUAGAUGGGAUCGAACCAUUAACCCUCAAUAAUGCUAUUAAUCAGGAUUAUAACAACACUACCAAUGUUUGUGUUACUAAAAAUGUUAAUACUCAUAACAAUUACAUUAAUGACAAUGCAAAAAACAGUAGGGUUAGUGACCAUGAAUUACCCACUGAAGAAGUUAAACCGUGGGUACAUUUUGUUGCUGGUGGGGUAGGUGGCAUGGUAGGGGCAAUUGCUACUUGCCCAUUUGAUGUUGUUAAAACUAGAUUACAAAGUGAUGUUUUCCAAACCCAAUACAAAUCUAAAAUUGCUGAUUCUCGUAAUAUUUUACUACAUUUCAAAGAAACUCUCGGUAUUAUUAGCUCUUUGUACCGUAUGGAAGGAUUUCGAAGUUUAUUCAAAGGGUUAGGUCCAAAUUUGGUUGGUGUCAUUCCGGCUAGAAGUAUAAAUUUUUUCACUUACGGUACAACAAAGGAAUUAUAUUCCAAAACCUUUAACAAUAAUCAGGAAGCACCAUGGGUCCAUUUAAUGGCCGCUGCUACUGCGGGCUGGGCCACCUCUACAGCCACAAAUCCGAUUUGGUUGAUUAAAACUAGAUUACAAUUGGACAAAAGCAGUGUAAACGGUAUUCGUAAGUACAAAAGUUCGUGGGACUGCUUGACGAGUGUAAUUAGACAGGAAGGUGUACUAGGCUUAUACAAGGGCUUAAGUGCUUCUUAUUUAGGUUCGAUAGAGGGUAUUUUACAAUGGAUAUUAUAUGAACAACUAAAGAUGGUUAUAAAGCAAAGAUCAAAUAAAACUGAAGCUGAAAAAUCCAAUUGGGAUAAGGCAAAAGAGUGGGGUGCGAGAAGUGGUGGUGCUGGCUGUGCCAAAUUUGUUGCCAGUAUUAUAACGUAUCCUCAUGAGGUUGUCAGAACAAGGUUGAGACAAGCUCCUACCGAAAACGGGACCUUGAAAUAUACAGGUUUAAUACAAACUUUUAGAGUCAUUAUAAAAGAAGAAGGAUUGGCUUCUAUGUAUAGUGGACUAACACCACAUUUAUUAAGGACUGUUCCGAAUAGUAUUAUUAUGUUUGGUACUUGGGAGCUUAUGAUUAAAUUAUUAUCUAGUUAA